AUGUCUGGGAAUGUAAAGGUGUUGCUCGGAGUUGGAGAUCAUGUGUUGUUGGUAGAAAAAGAUGGAGUUCAAACUGUUGGUGAUAGAUUAGGAACUCUGCAGAAGAUGGUUAUCUCACAUAAUGGCAAGUUAAUGGCGUCAUUAACUCACGAUGGUCAGCUUCUUGUGAUGCCCACUGACUUCUCAAGCAUCAUCUUUGAGUACAGUUGUGAGGAUGAUAUGCUUCUGAUGGUGGGCCCUUAUAGAGAUCUAGUUCGCUAUCUUUAUGAUGAACCCAUUAUCCUUAUCCAAGAGUGUGAUGGAGCUAGGAUAUUGUCUAACUUAAACAUGGAGUUUCUUCAACGGGUCCCAGCUUAUACUGAAUCUAUCUUUAAGAUUGGGAGCACUGAACCAACAACUUUAUUGUAUGAUGCUUUGGAUCAUUUUGACAGGAGGAAUGCAAAGGUGGAUGAAAAUUUGAGGCUGAUAAAAACAUCGUUGCCUGAGGCUGUUGAAGUCUAUGUAGAUGCUGCAAGACAUGAGUUUGAUCAUUUUGACAGGAGGAAUACAAAGGUAGGGUAUCACCUGCUCCUCACACUUACAGCCCACCUUCAAGAAAAUCAUGACCUAAAGAUUAUGCAAGAUGUUAUAGUCUACUACCCUUCAAGCAAAAUUGAUUGUUGGGACAUGUUUUUACUGCUCGGAAUUGAUCCAAUUCCUGAUUGGGAUCUCCAAUUUUGCAUUUGGGAUCACCAAUUUGGAGUUUGGAUAGCCGAUUUGGAGAUUGGUGGGAAAACAUCAAUCGGACAAAAAACUUCGCUUGACAACCUCUUUGAUUUCUUUUCUGAAUUUGAUGCUUCGAAUAAUACUUGCAAUAGAUUCAAUUGA